AUCCUGUAAUUUGGCAUAUAACGCAAAGAAGUUAAAUAUCUUAUCAUCAUCAAUGGCGAUUUCAACGUCUUCUUCCAUUCUUUUUCCGUUUUCAACUAAGUCACAGCUUCCUCUUAACCAUACCCUUUUCUCCAUUAGUCCUUCUGCUUCAGAUUCUCAUUCUUCUUGGAAAUGGAGAACUCAACUUCUUCUUCAUCAACCAGCUUUGCCAAUCUCUAAAAGAACCAGAAAAAAUGUAGUGUCUGCUAUAUCCACUGACUCGGAAGUAUCGACUCGGUCCGGUGAGACGGAGAAUGAGACUGAGUUGGCCAAGAAGUGGAGAGAGAUCCAUGGAAGUGGUGAUUGGGCCAACUUGCUUGACCCGAUGAACCCUAUUCUUCGAUCUGAGUUAAUAAGGUAUGGGGAAAUGACCCAAGCAUGCUAUGAUUCAUUUGUAUAUGAUCCAUAUUCAAAGUAUUGUGGUACCUCAAGAUACCCAUUGGAAAGCUUCUUCCAAAGCCUAGGACUGGAAAGCGAAGGCUACCAAGUGACUCGCUUCCUUUAUGCCACCGGCAACACCCAAAUGCCUAAUUUAUUCAUCAAACCUCGUUUCCCCAAGCUUUGGAGCACGCGUGCCAAUUGGAUAGGCUAUGUGGCAGUUUCCGACGAAGAAACCUCGAAGCGUUUGGGAAGACGUGACAUUCUUAUUGCGUGGAGAGGGACAGUGACAAGGUUGGAGUGGGUGGCAGAUAUGACAAACAUUUUGAAUCCUAUUUCUUCAAGAAAAAUUCAAUGUCCUGAUCCGUCUGUGAAGGUGGAAUUUGGGUUUCUAGAUUUGUAUACUGACAAGGACGAAGAGUGUGAAUUUUGUAAGUACUCUGCUAGAGAACAAAUAUUGGCAGAGAUGAAACGAUUGUUGGAGAAGUAUAAGGAGGAGGAAGUGAGCAUCACAAUCACUGGUCACAGCCUGGGUAGUGCUUUGGCUACAUUAAGUGCUUAUGAUAUUGCUGAAACGGGGUUGAACAAGACAUCAGCAGGUCGCGAUGUACAUAUUUCUGUUUUCUCCUUCGGAGGUCCUCGAGUGGGAAACAUGCGGUUUAGUGAACGAAUGAAUGAUCUGGGCGUAAAGGUAUUGAGAGUAGUGAAUAUUCAUGAUAUAGUACCAAAAUCACCUGGACUUUUCUUAAAUGAGAAACUACCGCCAUGGCUAUUGAAGAUGACGACAUGGCUUCCAUGGAGUUACGUACAUGUUGGUGUUGAGCUAGAAUUGGAUCACUUGGAAUCACCAUAUCUAAGACGUUCUACUGAUGCCGGUUGUUCACAUAAUUUGGAGGCGCAUUUACAUCUACUUGAUGGAUAUCAAGGAAAGGGUAUGAAAUUUGAGCUAGCAAUUGGGAGAGAUCCAGCAUUGGUGAACAAAUCAUGUGAUUUCUUAGAAGAUAAGUAUAUGGUUCCACCAAUGUGGAGACAAGAUGAGAAUAAAGGCAUGAUUUAUGUUGAUGGUCGUUGGGUGUUUGCUGAUAGAUCAGAUAUUGAUGGCCACCCGGAAGAUACACACUAUCAUCUCAAAGAAAUAGGGUUGUUUUCCGAGAAGGAAUGAAAUAUUUAUACGUUGAUAAAAUAAUUCUAUGUUGAUAUUGAUGAGAUGUUCUUGAAAAACUUGAAAAACUUUUAAAAACCUGCCGUUUAUGCAUGUACUUUUUUUUCUAAAUUUUUAAGUGUUCUUCUUCAAUUUA